AUGGAAUACUAUAUUGAUUACACAACAGAUGACGAUACAACACCUUUAAAUAAGUUAUGGGCUAUCUGUAGAAGAGGCUUUCCUUUGGCUGCCUUAUUUAAUGCAUUAGAUCCUCAAGAGCCCUUAUCAGUCGAUCCAUCUUGUACUCAAAUUAAUGAAUGUAAAAAGAGCAUCUACCAUUUUAUUGUUGCCUGCAGAAAUCAAUUGGGUAUUCAUGAAGAUGAUUUAUUCACUUUAUCUGACUUAUACAAGGAUAAUACCAAUGGAUUCGUUAAAGUUGUGAACACCAUUGAUAUCAUCUUACAAAUGCUAGAAGAACGAGGCGUCAUCACAUCCAUCAAUCACAAUAGAAACUCGUUCAAUGAACCAAAAGAUGCAAGAGAUAAAGUCGUACUUGAAUUAUUAGAAACUGAAAGAAAAUAUGUUCAAGACUUGGAGAUAUUACAGGCAACGACGAGUAACUUACUUUAUUUACAGAAUUAUAAACGUGAAUUACAGCUACAAGAAAUAUUAAACCCAGAUACAAUUCAUUAUCUCUUUGGCAAUCUCAAUACUCUCGUAGACUUUCAAAGAAGAUUCCUCAUUCAACUAGAAGAAAUGGCCGAAAAAUCGCCAGAGGAUCAAGACUUUGGUUCAUUGUUUAUACAAAACGAAGAUUCUUUUACUGUCUAUGAGCCUUAUUGUUCCAAUUUUUUUUCGGCUCAGGACUUGGUCGUACAGGAAGCGCCUAAAUUACAAAAAUUGGCCGACAUACUGAAUCCAAUUUAUGAAUUACCUUCGAUGCUGAUUAAACCCGUGCAGAGAAUUUGUAAAUACCCUUUACUUAUGCAUCAGCUCAUCAAGGCUACCAACCCAAGCUGGCCACAUGUCUUUCGUAUGGAACAAGGACUGAUCAGCAUCAAGCGAGUGACCGAAAAAGUGAAUGAGACCCAACGAAAGCUUGAAAACAUCCAGAUCGUGGACGAAAUUAAAAAUAGAGUGGAUGAACUCCGACGAGGCGAAAUCGGUACCUAUGGUGCCUUAUUGCUCCAUGAUAAGCUCUUCAUGUCGCAGUCGGAUGCUCCCGAAAAAGAAUUGCUGGUCUACUUUUUCGAAAAGACAAUCCUUAUCUGCAAGGAGAGCAAAGACUCGACCAAGAAUAAGCCUGUCAAAUCCAAUACGAUUUCCAUCAAAAAGAAAAGAAGAGGCAGCCUUCAACUCAAGGGUAUGAUCAUGACAAGCCGUAUCGUCAAGGUGCGUAACCACUCAUCAAGUGGUAGUUGGUGCUUGACCAUCGACUUUAAGGACCGUGAAGUGGAUCAUGUCCUCUUCCGAUUCAGAAACGAAGAACAAAUGAAGCUCUGGGAGUCGUCUCUUCAGCGACAUAUCACGCCUAUGAAAUCAAAUGUAUCCAACACACAACUCAUGUCCAUGAAAGGAACUAAUCUGACAGAAGUACCUCCUUUCCUUCGUACAGAUGAUGACAGCAGUACAGAUUACAGUGAUCAAGAAUGUGAUUCACCAACUAUGCCCAGGUCACAGAAAAAAUACAGCAUAUCUCGUCAUAUUACUGACCAGCCACCUCGAACGAGUUCACAUCACCACAUGCAGCAUCUUCAUGAUUACCCCGUAUCGCCUCCACCUUCCCAUCCUUCUUCGCCACGUGCUAUGGACGAGUAUCCACCUUAUCUUAUGAAUCGUAGCCAAUCCCAAUCUGUCGUACCUGGACAGCCACUCCUUUACACCAGUCGGGUUCGAUCUCAGAGUAGUCCAAACAUUAAACAAAGACAACAACAACAACAAC